AUGUCGAUUGAAGAUGACCUUAAUACUAUAAUUGGUGAAAACCCCCCCGCCAGGAAGACAACUAAAUAUCGUCGUCGAGAUUUGAGAAAUGGAUUGGCAUCGAGGCUUGGACAGGGAUCUGGUGAAUCUCGAGAAGAUGUAAGACGCGAUUUAGAUCCAGAUUCCUACGCCAAGUCAGCUCGGCUGUACAACGAUGAAGACGUGAGAGGUUCUCUACCGAAGCCCAAAAAGAGACUUCGCAUUAUGCAGAUUCCACUUGACGUCUCCGAUUUUACUGUGGAAGAUUUGGUAAAAGAAGUAGCGACCCCGAUCUACGCCAACUUUUACGACCAUCCCGAAAGCCGCACAGGGGUUUUUGAGUUUGAUAACACGACUCAAUUGGAAGAAGUGGCUAAAGCGUUCACAGACAAGGAAAUCAAUGGAUCUAGACUUUCCGUGGAAAUUUAUGAGCUCAAGGGACGUCAAAACCGUCGUGUGCAAAAAAGAGGACAUCACGGAGGUCAGCGUGCCCAGCGUGGUGGUCAGCGUGGCGGUCGGCGGGGUGGCCAGCGAGGAUCUGUCGAAAAGCCUAGUGCGGAUCAGUUGGACCAAGAACUUGACGCUUACAUGAGAAAUUGA